CCACGCGUCAUUUCACAAACGAUAGGCCACAUCUUAUCCCUUCAAUACAAUUUUUCAUUUCAUAAGAAAUCAGCAAAUAGAUAACUACCCAGUGUCCUCUUUCCAUCAACAACACUCAUCUUCCAAACUUCCCCACUAUGGCUUCAUCUACGACUUCAUCAUCCCUUAUGUUAACCCACUCUACUUCCACCAUCAUCAACUCACAAGACUACUCUUCCUCACACCGUUCCUUCCCUCUCAGACCUCUUUCUAGAACCUUCUUUCUCUCCCCCCUCGUUUUAAAGUCCUCCAACUUGUUCCAUUGCAGUUACCAAUCUAGGUCUUCUUCUCAUUGCUUCGCUGCUUCCCUCGCCGCCGAUGUCGCCGAAACCGAUGAGGAGGAAAAUGACAGUGCUGAUGAUGAGUCUUCCAAUGCCACUAAUACUCUUGUUGUCUCUACUAAGCCUAAGACUGGGAAGGCUGCAUUGCUUCUCAAGAGCGACAGGGUAAGGUCUAAGAGGUUCUUGGAAAUUCAAAAAUUGAGGGAGCAUAAGAAAGAGUAUGACUUGAAGACAGCAAUUUCUUUGGUAAAAGCAUCAGCUAAAGCCAAGUUUGUAGAAACAGUAGAAGCCCAUUUCCGCCUCAACAUUGACCCUAAGUAUAAUGAUCAACAGUUAAGAGCAACAGUGAGUCUCCUGAUGUACAAGAGCUGUUGGAAAGACUUAGCUUUUUGA